AUGCCCCCUCCCACAACCCCGGACCUGUCGUCGCUGUCGUCGUCGCCGCUACUUUCCGAUUCCCCUCGUCUCAGCUCACUUUCAAUCCUUUCCAAUUUCUUUCUCCAUCACUCCCAAAUGGAGCUGGAGAACCACCGCAACGCCAGCGUCAUCGACAACGAGCUCCACAUCAACAACAACAUGCUUCCGUUCCAAAUUCGCAAUCUCAACCAGAUCCCCGAAGACUACUCCAGCACCGAGCUGGAGGAACUGAGAUCCGAUGGUCAACCGCACGAAAGGCUUCUCUUAUCGUCAGCACGCCAGAACGUCACCAACCGAAAUACGUUGAUUUUUUCGCCAAGAUCCGGUGGAUUUCCGCUUCGUCGUCUGAAUGCCAUCCGGUUCGGAAGGUGUCCCCAUGCGCCCAACGAGGACCCUCCAGACCUAUCGGUCACAUCCAAGGAGCUCCAGAAGUACAUAGUAUCGCUCCUCGAGUUUGUGGCCGCCAACUGCUCGUGGUUGGGCCAAUCUCCCCUCUUCGUGGGCCAUUCCAGCAAACACCACAAAAUUGAGGUUCCGGCCCUGGAACACCUUUUUGCUUGUCUAGACACCACGAUGGACGCAUACAUCUCUCAAAGGAACCAGGGUAUGCUUUGGAGACGACCUACACCCGAACCGCUGGCUGGAGAUAGUCGCAAACGACUGGCCGACCUGGCGGGUCCCCAACGAAAACGACGCAAAAUCAGUGCUAAUAACAAUUUGGUUGAACCUCAAACAAAAUCUAUAAGGAACCCUGCGGACGGAGCCACGUUAGCGCUUUCCCAGCUUUCCUAUAAGCAAAAACUAGCCAUCAUGAGCGUGGUAUACACCUCAUAUCUACGAGACGGCAGCAAUUUUUCACUUUUUGGCUUAAACAAGGCGCAAUUGAAUAUGGCGUUUUCCUCGGUAAACUACGAGAAAAAGAAAGUGAUGGGAGUUUUCACUCUGUAUGGGCAACCAGACGAAGUGCUCGACUACAUUAUGGGGUCCACAGGCAGCUUAAACCUUCCCCGCGAUCGAGCUUUGAUCAGACGGAUGCGGUUGGCAGAAAAAGUUGUCACUGCUGUCAAGGAAAGUGGCCGUGAAGACGUCAAUUCUCCCUUUCUUUUUCCCUUUUCAGGCUCGAUCAUCGAUUUUCAGCACAACGAUCUAAGAUUUCUUCGCCAUAUUCGAAUGUCCAAAAACGUGCCCAUUCGAAACCUCCAUUUGGCCAGAACGAAGACCGCAAGAGCCAGACUUCAGCUCCAGGAAUGGAUGAAAAUGAACCCAUUCAAGCAGUUCAAAGACGUAUUCUUGAUGAAAACCUUGACAAAACUUCGCCGCAAUCUUUGCAACUUUGACAAUGUUUCGCUUGCUGUGCAAGAAGAUACCUUGGACAUGGCUCGUGGACUUCGAAAGCACCUUGAUGUGAUAGCUGGCGGUCUGGAACCGAGGCUUUCCAAAUUCAACGAUGCCGAAGCACAUCGUGAAACAUGGCACGAUGUGUGGCAGGAACAUUCUCUGAACCACGAAUCGCCGUUUGUUCAAGAAUGGGAUAAGAAAUUGAGCGACAAACUUGCCGAAUUCUUGAUGUGUGAGGAACAUUGCUUGUUGAAUGUGCAACUCAAUUAUGUGCUUUUCACCGUCAAAGUGGAUACAGUGGACUUUCUCGAUGCGUAUAUUCUACACCAUCUUCUACUUCUUCCCCUGAACAAAAGAGACGAGUUCUCCAAGAUAUUGAACAAGGAACAGGAAACUUCACGAGUUUUACGAGCAUCGAGAGAAUCCGUAAUGGUAUGCUCUAUUAAUCGAAAAACCGGUGGACUCGAAAUUAACAAUACCCGAGCAGUGCUCAACUUUCGCAACAUUAACAUGCCCGACAGCCACUUGGCAGAAGAUCCAAACGACCCUGAAGAGGGAAACUCAUAUGAUUUUGCUGAUUUGGACGAUUGGCGCCAUGAUGGUGAGGAACGGUUCCGCAAUCCGGACGAUGGAGAAUGUGCCCCCACGCUUCUCCGUGGACACUACAGACGGUCUGGAGGAGGAUGCAGUGUUUAUGGAGUGGUGUAG